GGCGGGUCCAGUCUGCUGCUCCCCCUCAACUUCCGCGGACCGACUUCAGCUCUGCGCACCGCAAACUCAACGCUUCAACACUCAGCCGUGAGCUCGGAUGGGUCUAAAUCACAGCAAGAAGGCGCAAGACUGAAGAGAGAAGAGCAAACCUGAGCGGACCAUCCUGUCUCGUUGAGCUUCAUGUCUGUCCGAGUUUCAGCCAUGAGUGUUCUUCCUCCUGUCCGAAGGGACCGCAUCAUCGCUCAGCUCCCUCCGUACUUCAGGAAAGAGGCAGCUCUGCACACGAAGGAGGAUUUCAGCAACAAAGUGAAGACUGCCUGCCAGGAGCAGCGCACCGGCACUGUGGGCAGAUUUAAGAUCUCUAAGGUCAUCGUGGUGGGUGACCUGGCUGUGGGGAAAACCUGUCUGAUUAAUAGAUUUUGCAAAGAUGCUUUUGAUAAGAACUACAAGGCAACGAUCGGUGUCGACUUCGAGAUGGAGCGCUUCGAGGUGCUGGGUGUUCCUUUCAGCCUACAGCUGUGGGACACUGCAGGCCAAGAGAGGUUCAAGUGCAUUGCUUCUACAUACUACAGAGGAGCUCAGGUUGUCAUUAUCGUGUUUGAUGUAAAUGAUGUGGCCUCUUUGGGCCACGUGAGGCAGUGGCUGGAAGACGCCUUGAGAGAGAACGACCCCACCGCUGUUCAGCUGUUCAUCGUCGGCACAAAGAAAGACCUGAGUUCUCCUGCUCAGUACUCUCAGAUUGAACAAGAUGCCCUGAAACUAGCACAAGAGAUCAGAGCUGAAUACUGGGCGGUGUCGUCACUGACAGGGGAAAACGUCAAAGAGUUUUUCUUUCGAGUUGCAUCUUUGGCAUUUGAGACAAACGUUCUCGCUGAGCUGGAGAAAAGUGGAUCGAGGCAAAUUGGGGACGUUGUCCGGAUCAGCAGCACUUCAAACAAUGUGUACGCUUCAUCGAAGAAGAAACAGCCAAACUGCUGUCAGUAAGGAUGGAAGCAGGAGUUUAAAGUCAAAGGUGCAGACUGAAAGUGAGGAUUUUUCUCAGUGGAAAAAGACUGUGGCUGCUCUCCAGCUCAUGGGAGGGAUUUUCUGUGGUCAGAGCUGGAGGAGGGACGCCGGAGUAGAACUUCCUGACAUCUUUGAGUUCAGUUUUUCCUGGCCUGGAGAGAGUUUUCCUCUGUGGGAUGUGGAUUCUUGUGGUGUUGCUCAGUUUAACUGGUCUGGAGUUACAGGGUGACACAGCAAUUACACAAAAAUGACCCUUCUGGUACUGCAGAGAUGCCAAAGAAUGACUGUGGAUGUUUUUAACGUGAUGCAUGUGUGGACGCUUACCUUAGGGCUUGAAUCAAAUACUCUGUCUUGCUGCUGUAGUUUCUCUCGUUACUUCUCUAGAAUACUCUGGUUUACCUUCAAGUCUGCUGGUUUAAAUGACUGUUUUUACUAUUUUCAUUAUACUGUAGAACGAGGUUCUCAACCUUCCUGAAACUUUUGCAGUAAAUCCCAAGAAAUGCAUUCCGUUAGUCAUCUCACGGCCCCUCAGAUUUAUCUGGUGGGGGCUUGACCUCCUGGUUGGGAACCAUUCUUGUAGAUGCAAGCCUUUUUUCUUGUUUGUUUUAUUUACAGCAUCAUUACUGCUCCAUU